AUGCAGAACUGUGAUCGGUCAAGAAUGAGUUCAAUUGAAUAUGUUCCUCGUUCAGAGACCAUCUCAGAUAUUGCACUUCAAGAUACAGAAAAUGGCAGUCUUCGAACAACGACGUCCGUACUCCUCAGUAUACUCGUUAUGCUUUCCUUCUUGCUCAACUUAUUGCUCUUAUCUGCAAUAUUGUCCAGUGCCAAAUUGCGAAACGUGGUUCUGAACGCAUUGUUCUGCAAUUUAGCUGCGCUGAAUAUCGUUGAUACAGUGGCCGGUAUGUUCAUGUCGUUACUAUUUGUUGCAAACGGAAAAUGGCCAUUUAGUGAUGCAUUGUGUCAUUUCAAUGCAGCUCUUCAGCAGUUUGUACACAUGGAUUUGCUUAUGGGCAUAAUGAUAAUGGCAAUUGAACGCGCUAUAACGCUCUUCUUCCCACAACUACGCACAUUCACUUUUGCCCGUACUUUGUACAUACUGGCCGCACUGUUCACAAUGAGCAUUUGCUUUGCAAUCCCCGUGUUGACGUCCAAUAUUCCAGUGAAACCAUUCAGAUUUAGAUAUGUAUGCGCCGUUAACAGUGAGGUGCCAAUUCUUUAUCCAAUCAUGCAAAUUCUCGUAUACGGUGGUUGCUUGUUCGUAUCGCUCAUUUGCUUUGGUGCACUUUUGUCACGCGGUAAUCACGACAAAUCUCGAUCGUUACCCAUACAGUCACAGGAUUAUUCGAGCUUCAUCAAAAAGUCAAGAGCCUUACAAGACCAUCACACGCAAACCAAGCUCGUACUCUUCUUGAUGAUCACAUUCAUACUCAUUCAAGGACCAGAUAUUAUUCUUACUUUCUAUGUUGAAGUAAGGAACAGUCGUGAAAUUCUGCAAUAUAGUGAUCCAUUUGAAGUACCUCAAGAUGCAGCCACCAUUCUCAACUGGUUGCGGUUUAUCUACCCAAUUAUCGCACCUCUGCUUAUAUAUUCAGUCUGCAGUGAUAUUUGGUUGAAACUACAGCAAUUGAUGUGCUUUCGACAUUACUUGAAAACGACAGGUAUUGGCAGAUGUUCAAGUGAACAAUGUAACGGAGGAGGUGCAAUGGAUCAGAGUAAUGUCAUGACGUUAGUAGCUACACCCCAAGGACUGCACUUGAGGUUACCACCAACUCAUGCUGACGAGCAACAACAAAUUUCGAACGAUCUCUUCAGCAAUAACAAUCGGCUACAGUCACAGUAUUAUGGUGUUCACGAACAACAGCAACUAUACCUCAACGCUGAUCGACUGCCUAUGAAAAUCGCAGACGACUGCUCACGUUUAUCACAACAUCAUCAACGGAGCAACGCCAUUAAACCUUCAAAAAUUCCUCGUUUGAAGCGAUUUGCUCAUGGCUCCAAGAAAAAUUCUGAUUGA